AUGGGUUUGUUAGACAGUGUUAAGAGCUACGCAUCGAAACAAAGUGAAAGCGGUGAAGAUUUGGUCAAGAAGGCUGAGGGUUACUUGGGUGAAGAAAGAUUGGGUCAAAUCAAGACUAAGGUCGGAGAAGAAAACUUCAAGAAGUUCGAAGACCAAGCUAGAUCUUUCUUGGGUGAAUCUUCCGAAAAGAAGGACUCUACUGAAACCUCUGGUUCAGCCGAAACCUCUACCGAGUCUAAAAAGAACUAA